AUGCCACCAAAGCUGGACCCCAACGAGAUCAAGAUCAUCUACCUCCGUGCCACCGGAGGAGAGGUCGGAGCUUCGUCUGCUCUCGCCCCCAAGAUCGGUCCUCUCGGUCUCUCGCCCAAGAAGGUCGGUGAAGAUAUUGCCAAGGCCACCCAGGACUGGAAGGGUCUCCGUGUCACCGUCCAGUUGACCAUCCAGAACCGUCAGGCUGCCGUCUCGGUCGUCCCCUCGGCUUCUUCCCUCGUCAUCAAGGCCCUCAAGGAGGCCCCCCGUGACCGCAAGAAGGAGAAGAACAUCAAGCACAACGGUAACAUCUCCCUCGAUGAUGUUAUUGAGAUUGCUCGCAUCAUGCGCCACAAGUCCUUGGCCCGUGAGCUUUCCGGAACCGUCAAGGAGAUCCUCGGAACUGCUUUCUCCGUUGGAUGCACCGUCGAUGGCCAGAACCCCAAGGACCUUGGUGACUCCAUCGAUGCCGGUGAGGUUGAGAUUCCCGAGGCUUAA